CUCCGUCUGAGAUGAGAAUGGCGCUAACUUUCACAACAGGGCCCACCGCUGCUCACUCUGGAUAAAUAGCCACAAUGCUGCUACUGAAGAGGGUUGAAAGGACAAAGCUUGCCAAGUACGACAACAUAUGACACGCCGAGGUGUCUAUCACGUCCCUGGGCUGAAGACCUGGUCUGGUAAACAGCUCUUUUUGGGUGUGUAUGUGCGUCUAAAGAGAGAAGAGAGGAGGAGCGGGGAGCUCGAGCUAAGUACAGGGUGCCACGCUAGGGCCAGGUCAUGUGACGCUGACGUCACAACAGUGUCUUUUCUUUCCCACCUGGUAACAAGACACUCGGUGGAAGUAAUUGGAGCCUUCUGACAUCAAUUUAUUGAUGAAAAAUGGCCUUUAGUUUAUAUAAUGUAUUAAUUGAUUUCUCUCAAUUCCCAAGAGCCGCUCUCUCCGAAGAAUCGAGUGACUGAA